AUGGGGCACAUACUGCGCGAUCUGCUGCGGUUGUUUCUCGCAGGAGAACGUGCAUGCCGACUCGCCUCGGACGCAGAGAGCGACGACGGCUACGAUGCCGAGGUCCUGGCGCAGAGCGGCGAUCUCACCUGGUUGGAGGACCUGUACGCGUUCGGGUAUAAUCCGCAGGCAGCCGGAGGAAAGAAGACGUUCAUUACGGGUCCGGGCGUUUGCUCGCCUUGGGGAGAGGUUGAGCUUUCGCCGGCGGAUGCUCCGGACUCCUCGUUUCGCAACCGCGAGUCCCCAGUGACAAUCCCUGCGUAUCACGACUGGUCCGGCGAAUUCACCGACAUGCCGUCCGUCUACCCUGUGCAUCAGGCCUGUUUCAACGAUCUGCUUCGUCGGUGUCUCGCCGGCUCGCCUGAUGGGGAGAUCGACGAGGAUGUGUUGUUCAGGCUGCGCACGGACCGCGAUCUGAAGGUGGAUUAUGGGCUUCCGAGUCCGCCGCGGGAGCAGUUCUGGGAACGGCAGCAGGGGCAUGAGGCGGUUGUAGCGAAUCCGGUGGAGAUUCCACAGCUUGUUGAUGUGAUGGGGAGGCUACGGUGGCUUUUUUCGGUGGAAGAAGAAGAGCAGCAAGGACUUGAAGCGGCUGGAUGUCUUCCCAGUGACCCGUUCUAUGGUCUGCCCGAUGAUAUACGGCUUGCGAUAUUCGAAAACCUCCCGAUGACGUCGAUACUGGCUGUCCGGGUUGCGUCUGGGGCGAUGCGCUCGUCAGCGAUCUUACCAAAAUGGUGGGGAAGAAAGAUCCGAAUUGAAAGGCCCUGGUGUUGGGAGCUGCACGCUGUCAUCCCCGCCGUGCCGACAGCUCCGGCUACCCGCCUUUACGGGAUAUUUGUUGACAUUGACGACAAGAGCACCUACGAUGAAACCUCCAACUGCUUCUGGGGAGGAUUGGUGAACCGACGCAGGAUCUGGAGUGUCUGCGAAGAAAUCAAAACAGUGUAUUAUCAGCAACUCGCAGAGCAAACAUGA